CAUGUCCCACCAAAUAAUUUGCACCGUCGGAAUUGAACAGCUUUAAAACCUGAGACAAUUCACCCCAACGACACAAGCAAAUUAAAUUAAAUUAAAAAGCUAGCCCAGCCCAGCCCGCCUAGAUUAUUAUAUUAUAUUCAUAGCCUGCAGGAAAAAUAAAGAGAGAGAUCAGUGAUUCAGUGUUAAUGGAGCUUGAAGCUAUGGCGCUCUACAAAGUCCCCAAAGUGAGCUGGACUAGUAGUAGUUGUGACUUUGUUGCUAAUAAUAACCAAUUCCCGCUCCAGUUUCAAUGCCCAAAUUUCCCAGAAUUUGAAGCCUGCAGCUAUUAUCCACCAACUCAUCAGCAAUGGCUUCCAAACUCUUCUCCUGCCGACCACGUUGUUGUUGCAGAAGAAGAAGACGACGAGGUUUCUGGUCCGAGACGACAGCACCGGAGAAGCAACGCUCAAACUAACCGCCGCCAACAGAUCAAUCACAAUCUUUCUUAUCUCCACAGCCUCUUACCAGAAUCUUAUAUCCAAAAGGGUGAUGAAGCAUCAAUCCUAGGUGGAGCAAUAAACUAUGUGAAAGAGCUAGAAGAAGAGCUGCAAGUCCUGUGUGCCAAGAAUAGCACUACAAAUCUUCUUGAAGAUGUGGGUACUGGUGCAAGUGAUGGUUGCCGUGGAUAUCAAUUGUCAACGCCAUCUGGCGAUCACAUACAAGUCACAAUGGCUGGCGAAAACCAUGUUGACCUUAAGCUACACUCCAAAUGGCGACCAAAGCUGCUGCCCAGAUUCAUGUCUCAGAUUGAAAGCCUCAUGCUAACUGUCCUUCACUUCAACCUAUCAAGGGCUGAUCAAUUUGUUCUAUGCUCUCUUAGCCUCAAGGUGGAAGAUGGCUCCAAGUACACCUCUGUGAAGAGAAUUGCAACUGUUGUGAAUCGGAUUAUGGCUCGGAUUCAAGAAGAGGAUGGGAGAGUUUAGUAACUUUUUUUUUUCUACGCAAGAAAGUCUUGUUAUUUCAAUAUUAAUGCGAUUAGGAGAUUAAUUGAACAAAGUAUUAUUUUCGCAACAAACUAGGUUUGUGUCCGUCAUUGCUCUGAAUUUGGAUUUUGUUAGUUUGAUAUUGUUUGUAAUAAAUUAACUAGUGUUUUACCCUUGCAUGAA